CUUUUCAAGAAACCGGAACAAACAAACAAUCGCUGGAGCGAACGAUAGAAAGCAUGUAGCUGGCUGGCAGAAUUCAACUUGGCUAAACUGAGUUGUUUCAUUUCGAUUGAACAGUGGUCGGUCGCUGAUACGAUAACCUAGCCAAGCAACAGCCACUGUUCACGCAUGCAAUAGAUGGACAGCUAAGCACUGUUAACAACCUGAUAUCACCAUUAGUAACUACCUUGCUAGUUGGUGCAUAUUCUUGAGUCCAACGCUCUGUGUAUUAGUUGAAUAUUUUAAUUGCGUUGUGUUGGCUGCUAAAUUCAUGUUGGUUAGCGACAAUGGAAGAAUCGUGGACCGGGGACUCCAAUAGAGGCGGCGCAUGCAGGGCGCUCUGGCCGGUGAUUUUCGCCUGCUUGGCGGCCACAGUGAUUGGGUACAAGCCGGUAAUCGUCGUACACGGGCUUUUCGACGGCUCCAGCGACUUUGUCAACUUACUUCGGUUCAUCAACGAGUCCCACCCAGGCACCAACGUGUCGGUGAUUGACCUGUUCGACCGCAGUGCCAGCCUGCUGCCACUAUGGAAGCAAGUGGAGGGCUUCAAGGAGGCCAUCUAUCCCAUAAUGCAAAACGCCGCUGAUGGCAUUCACUUCAUCUGCUACUCCCAAGGUGGUCUGGUGUGCAGAGGAAUUCUCUCCACUCUUCCUAAUCACAACGUCGACACCUUCAUUUCCCUCUCCUCUCCACAGGCCGGCCAGUAUGGAGACACAGACUACCUGAAGUACAUUUUCCCGGAGUUCGUCAAGUCGAACCUCUUUCACCUGUGCUACACAGCCGUCGGACAGAGAAUCUCCAUCUGCAACUACUGGAAAGAUCCUCACCAUCAGGACAUGUACCUGAACAGCAGUGACUACCUGGCCCUGCUCAACAACGAGAGACCCAAUCCAAAUGCGACAGUGUGGAAAAACAACUUCCUGCGCAUUAAGAGGCUGGUGCUGAUUGGUGGACCGGACGAUGGUGUCAUCACACCUUGGGAAUCCAGUCAGUUUGGAUUUUAUGAUGCCAACGAGACGGUUGUUGAGAUGAAGAAACAGGAUGUGUACUUGAAGGACAUGUUUGGGCUGAAAACUCUGGAUGCUCGUGGGGACGUGGUCCAGUGUGUGAUCCCUGGAGUGCAGCACACCAAGUGGCACUCCAACGAAACAGUGUACACUGCCUGCAUCCAGAAGUGGCUGACCUAGACCUACAGACGCACACACACACGCACACACACUGCCUGCAUCCAGAAGUGGCUCACCUAGACCUACAGACGCACACACACACACAAGAACGCAUGCACACACACACACACACGCACACAUUUGUGAAGAGGGAAAUACAUACACACAUUCAUUCAUUUCUAUUGAGGGAAAUGCACACGUGAACUUCUGCAUAGGGACACAUACGCUCACUUUCUCACUCAUUUCUAUAAAGGGAAAUCUACACAUAUACAUAUUACAUGUGUCAUUUGGUAAUGUCCACAGAGGGAAAUCACAGGCACACACACACGGACACACACAUUUGCACACUCAUGCGCACGCACAUGCACAUGUGCACACACACACGAUCUGUUACCGAUAUCUGUUUAUUUCCUUAGAAGGGAUACAGCUCAUUUCACCCCCACCAUCCACCAGAAACACUAUUUACAAACAGCUCAACCUCAACCUCAAAACCUACAUCAGUAUUUUUAUGUGUUCUUUUCACUUAUGUGAUCCCUGACGAAGUUAGCAUUUGUUCUGUCAUUUUUUUCCUAUUUUUAAAUAUUUAAAUAUUUCAUGUAUUUGCAGUAGAAUUGAUUUGGUCAUCAUCACCAUCAUCAUCAUCCUCGUCGUCAUCAUCGCCAUGGUGAUCAUAUCGGACUCAUGGCUCAGUCUGCCACCUAACGGACGUGUGAUUUCCCGCCGUUUUACCCAAACCUUACAGAACCAAAGUGCUAUCACAGACUGCCUUCUUCCAUGGUGCUGAGCGGGGGGCAGUGGAGGGUUAUGGGUAGUGGGGGGGGUAGGGGGCGCAGGGACAGCGAAGGAGGAGCAGUGUUGCAUCUGCGUUUUCCAUGGAGACCCGGACACCUCCCAUUGCAUUCAGAAAAAUCCCGAAAAUCUCAGGCAAACUCUUCUUAUCAGUGUCUCACCCUGCCAGGGGACACCGACCUUGAAUGUCAUUUUCAACCAUUUUAGCCGUUAUUGAGUUUUUUUUAACCUAUGGUUGGCACCUUCAUGGUGCAUAAGGGAGAAUGGCCGCUGUACGGAGAUUGACAAGCGUACUGGACUCCAUAUAACUCUGCUUUGUUUGAUAUGAAGAGAAAUCAUUUUAGGAUUAUCAGUAAGUUUGGUGUUACUCUAUGUCUAGUUGUCUUUUUAAUAAAUGGAUUUUCUUCUUAAUUUGCUCCUUGAAGGAAAUUGUGAUAUCACUUGCCUUUUGGUGUAUUUAGUAAACCCUUUUUGUACCUGUUGCCAACUAUGUACGUUUUUUGGUACCUGUGUUGCUGUCGGGAAGCUGUACCUUAAUUUGAUGAUAACUGAUCCCUUACCUGUGCAAGAAUGAGCAUGUAGGAGAGGCACACCUACAUGGCCGGUAUUUUGUAAUUUGCAUGUUUUUAAAAAAGAAUUAUUUUCAACCUGAAUUGUCAAUAGAAAAAUUGGUUUACCAACCCAUUAAAAUUUGGGUGAAGUUUCCCUGGUGAGCAGUUGAUGAAUUUCUUUAAAAUCUGUUGUUUGUAUAUUGAGUUUUUUUUUUUUUUUUUAAUAACUCUGCUACACAUCCGGAACCUUUUUUUUUUUUUUUUACUACUAUAAACUGUCCAUCAGUUGGUCCUUACAGUGUCCCUUACUGUGGCUGCAACGGAGUAGACCUAACAGAAUACUGAAGGUUUAUGAUAUGUAAACAUUAACCUUACGGGGCUUUGGGUUAAUUUUUGAAUUAAUAAUUUUACUUGGUGUCCCUGGCAGUUCAUUUGUACUGACUGGCUAUCAUUGGAUGUUAUUGUAUGAAAAGUCUCUGGUCCUGACUUCAUAGUUGUUAAGAUAUAUUUGUACUGUGCUGAAGUGUGAACUCUUAUAAUGACAGUUAUUACACAUGGGUUAAAACUAGUCAUUCCUACUGUUUUUUGUUUUUUUUUACUGGACAAACUUGGAAAAUGUUCUUGAUUCAUCAUCAGCUGUGUCCAGUCUUUCUCUAUUCUGUAGGGUUUUUUGCAAUAAAAGGGAAAUAAAGAAAUAUUUUAUCAACAUGCUUUACACUUUCUACUCUGAUGGGAAAGUUCUAGUGAUCGUAUAAAUACAGUAGUUGUGAAUUAAGAUGCUACUUUUUGGAAUGUGCUUGUCUUUGUGUUUAAGUGAAGGGAAACAACAAAAAAUAAAGAAAAUAAAAUGGGA